AGUGACGGACUCCCCAGGAGGCAUUACUGAAAUGACCCCCAACGAGACAAGCUCCCCACAACCAGCAACGAAAGCCAGUUCACGUCGGGCAAGCUCAGCCUCGCCAGAGAAACCACCAGGGCCACUCAGCAUCCCCGCCGCACCCUCUUCAGAGCGCGAGACGAUCAAGGUCAAUAAUGCCAAUGCGACCGACUUGAAGAACGCUUGUGACGACGCUCUCAAACGCUACCUCUCGCGUCCGAACCUGUUCAAGCAAAUACAUCUCCACACAGACGUGAGGCUGACACUAGGAUGGGCUAGUGUGUUUGUCGCUGCGGCGACGGGAUUGUACGGUUGGAAAACUGAGUUUGAACGAGCCAAGCCAGCCGUAUGGGCAGGAUUCAUCCUCUAUGUUAUCCUAACCACCCUACAAACCCUCUAUGCUUACUUCGUAGAAGGGGAUGUCAUCUUCGUCGGAAGACGUAAAUCUUUUAGUAAACGAAUCAACACCGAGAAGAUCACAAUAUCCUCACGGACCAUCCCCGUAUCAUCGCCCACCCCAAUCGCAUCCCCUUCUAACGCUCCCUCUUACUCCUUAAACAUCACGUACCUUCAAUCUACCUCGAGUGGAAAGUCCCUGCUCUGCAAGAACCGCGCACAGGGAUCUAAAGAGUGCAGUGCCUUCUUUGACGAAAAGGGUGUCAUGGCACAGGAAGUGUUCGAGCGGUGGGUUGGUGAACUCGUCGAGGCUGCCAUGGAGGGAAAAUCUGCUUGAGGCCCCGCAUACUUGUCUCAUACAUGGAUGGUUUUCAAAUACUAGCUUACUUGUGGUAUUUUAGGGUCUGCGAUUUUGAGCUGGACGACUCAGUAGCGGGAGCUGUGACCACAGGUAGCUAGCAGUGGCCUGCGAACCACAAAUUGAUCCAACAAACACCUCUAAAAAUAUACGGCCCCUGCAUCAGCAUGAGACUGGACGAUUGUGUCCAACAGAUUAAAUUUGGCGGUGGGUAUCGUACUCUAUACAUGCAAACUGUUGUGGAUGGUUCCCAGACAGAUAACACAGG